GGGGAGUGGUAAUGUACGUGAUCCCGGAAGUACACCCAAGCACGCAGAGCAGGAGCAGCGCGUGAGUGCGACGGAGAACUGACAGUCAGCGGAGAAAGGUGACUGACUAGCUGUAGUAGAAAGCUAGCUAACCAAAGCUUCAUGAUAUCAUGGCAGCAACUAUCAAUCAAGCAAGGUCGGCACUUUCAAAAAUGUUUAACAGUGAGCGGUACAGCCACUUCACUCUGCAGUCGGACGAAGAGGGAGACGAAGGGAGCCACGUGGAGGUGAGACUGUCUGAUGAUGAAGUAGAUGACCACGCCCCCACUGAGCAGGUGGGCCAACCAGGAGACUCGCCCUCAUACAGGCCCCGCCCACAGCAAAACAACCGCAAAGUGUGUUAUCUGUCUCUUGGAACCCUCUUCAUCUUCAUCAUCGGUUAUCUGAUUGGCUAUGUGAGCCACCACUCUCCCCACAAGGUGCCAAUCACUUGUGAUUCUGAGCAGGAAGUAGGCGUAGCUGAGGAGGCUGUAGUAGAAUCCUCUCUAACCUGGAAUGACAUCACCAGCUUGCUGGCACAAAAACUAACUCCUGACGCCUUCAACAGCAGACUGAGUGAUGUUGAACAGCCAGAUCACGUGGCAGGGAGCAGUGCAGAUGGCAUUCUGGAAUAUCAUGUGUUUGACAGCUUUAAGAGUAUGGAGAUGGAGCCCUGGACUGACGUACACUAUGUCCAACUACAGACAGCCAACAGUCAGAAGCCAAACCGUGUUAUGAUUGGCCAAGAGGAGGUGGGCCAGCCUAAGGGCUAUCUGGCCUAUAGUGCCACAGGAAAAGCUCAGGGCAAGGCGGUGUAUGGUAACUAUGGGAGUCAAGAGGACUUGAUGCUGCUACAGACUCUGAAGGUUGAGCUGAAUGGCACUGUGAUUCUACUGAGAGCUACAGGACAGAUCAGCCUGGCACAGCAGGUGGCUAAUGUAGCAGCAUUGGGAGUAUCUGCUGUGUUGAUUUACCUCGACCCUAAAGACUACAAGUUCCAACCAACUACUGAACUGUACGGACAUGUCCAUCUAGGUUCAGGGGACCCCUUCACGCCAGGCUUCCCCUCCUUCAACCACACCCAGUUCCCUCCCACUCAGUCUUCUGGUCUGCCUACUGUACUGGCCCAAAGCAUUACUGCUGCUAGUGCUGCCAAGAUACUAACGCGUAUAGGUGGGCUUGAGUCCCCUCUCAGUUUUAAAGGCUCACUGGAGAAUGUGAAGUACACCCUGGGAGGGGCUAGUAGUGAAGAUGUUACUGUGGAGGUGAACAACGUGCUGAAGGACACAGAGAUCCACAACGUCUUUGGAGUCAUCAAGGGCUUCACUGAGCCAGAUCAGUACGUGUUACUGGGGGCUCAGAGGGAUGCGUGGGGUCCAGGCUACGCUAAAGCCACUGUCGGGACCACACUGCUACUGGAGCUGGCUAGAGCUGUGUCUGAGAUGGUGCACACAGAUGGUUUCCGUCCCAGGAGGAGUCUGGUGUUUGCCAGUUGGAGUGCAGGAGAAUACGGCGGUGUUGGAUCUACAGAGUGGCUGGAGAGUUUCUUCUCCUCUCUGGACAGAAGAGCUUUCACCUACAUCAGUCUGGAUGGAGUGGUCACUGGCCAUGGUGAAUUCAAAGUGUCUGCCAGUCCCCUACUCUACAGCCUUCUGGAAAGCACCACGAAGGAGGUGAAGAAUCCCAUUGGUUUUGGAGAGUCUGGGAAGUCUCUGUAUGAUAAGGUGUCUGGAGUCAACUUUGAGAAGGCAGUGUUUGAGCCCAUGAAGAUGGAAGACUCUGCAUAUCCCUUCUUGGCCUUCUCUGGAAUCCCCUCUCUCUCCUUCCGCUUCGUCUCUCAGGGGUCUGAGGCCUACCCGUACUACGGCACCUCUCUUGACAACAAGGAUCACCUUGGUUACGCCACCGCCCAUCGUCUUAAUUCCCUAGCCACUGGGGCGGGAUUGGUCGCAGGUCAGCUGGCGUUACGAUUGGUCCACGACCACGUGCUACGUCUAGAUGUGCAACGCUACAGGACGGUUCUCAGACAAUCUGUGGUCAAGAUCAACCAGCGCCUCAAACAAGUCACCCUGGAUGGUUCUGCUGAGAGUCUGUCAGCCCAUUGGCUCAUCAUGGCCUUAGGAUCCUACAGUAGAGCUGCUACUGACCUCAACACUGACCUACUCAACACCGACCUCACUGACACACUGGCUUGCCACAACAUCAACGACCGCAUCAUGAGAGUGGAACACAACCUCCUUUCUCCAUAUGUCUCCCCCAAAGAGGUUCCAUUCCGCCACCUGCUGUUUGGCCGUGGUUCCCACACCCUGGCAGCCCUGUUGGAGGGUGAGGACAGAGAGGUGCUGCGGACCCAGCUGGCCCUGGCCACCUGGACGCUACAGGGCUGUGCCAAUGCUCUCUCUGGAGACGUCUGGGACAGCGACAACCAGAUGUAACAGUGUCCGUCCGUCCAUCCGUCCAUCCUGGUUCACUGUAAAAUCCAGGAUGAGAUGAAGACGGAUUGGUCGGGGGUGACGAUGUAAUAAGAGACCAGGAACUACUGUCAUUCCUUCCAGUUUCAGUUACUGGACUUCCUGAAGAAUGUUGAGAUUGAUCGACCUCUAAUCCCUCGACACAGAGGAGCCUAUUUAUACGUUAUAUAUCUAUCAGUCCAAUAUACAUGUUCUCUGUUUUAAUGAUGAUAAAGUUCUUGUUUAUUUUUAUAACAUUUUUGGAAGCAGUGCCUUCAGACUUAUGGCAGUUUCAUGUUGUUAGUUUAGGUUAAGAGUUGAUUUAUUUUUCAGUGCCAGUGCUCACUAUACAUGUUUAAAUGUCGUUCAUUUUGUUUUUGAUAAAGUUAUCAGGAGCUGUGCCUUCCAGACUUGAUGGUUAUGUGUUCGUUCAUUUUGUUUUUGAUAAAGUUAUCAGGAGCUGUGCCUUCCAGA